AUCUCAACCCUCUGUGCUGGAUGGACUUCAAAGUUCCCAGGCAGGCACUGGUUUCUCAAAGAUUUGGUGACAUUGACGGGACAGACCUGACCCAGCUUAUUUCUCAGAAGCUGUUCCCCUCGGCUCACCCUGCAGCAGUUGGGGCAUCGUGGAGAGGGCCUUCCUCUCGUUCCUCUUCCUUGUCAGCCUCUUGGGGUCUCUUGCCCAGGGAGGUGGGUGCCGGCUUGGAGAUGGACACGGAGAGGGAUUGGGGAGGGAUCCCUCUGGCGAGGUCAAUGCUUAUGCCUGAUUCUUCUCUCUCUCUCUCUCUCUCCCCCAAUGCCCCCAGGCACAGAUCUCAGAGGAAAGGUCUUCGUGUUCCCAGCAGAGUCUGAAAUGGCCCACGUAGCUCUGAAGGACAGGCCUAAGAAGCCUCUCACCAGCUUUACCUGGUGCAUAAGGACCUUCACAGACCUGACCCGCCCUCACGCCCUCCUCUCUUACGCCACCAAGGAACAUGACAACACAAUCUUCUUCUUCAAACCCAGCCCCAGCAAAUACCAAUUUGACAUGGGGGAAGAAAGCGUGACCUUCAGCACUGGGGGGAAGCAGAUGGUGAAACCUGUCAGGGAGCACACCUGCGUGAGUUGGGACUCAGCCACCGGGCUGGUGGCCUUCUGGCUAGACAUGGAACCUUUCCCCCGGAAGGGUCUGAGGAAGGGUUACUCGGUACCUGCCACUGCCUCGAUUGUCCUGGGGCAAGAUCAGGAUUCCUAUGGGAGAGGCUUUGAUGCCACCCAAAGCUUUGUGGGGGAAAUGGAGGAUGUGUGCAUGGCGGAUUGGGUCCUGUCGCGCAGUGAGGUAAUAGCUGCCUCGGUCUUCCUGACCUGUUUAUUAGCUGGGCAUCACUGAAUUAUGAGUUCAGGGGUGAUGUCUGUACGGAGACCUCCCUGUUCCCGCCUACGUAUCCACGGGACUAUUCCAAAGUAGUG